AUUUUCUGCAGACAACAAAUGGAUUAAAUGUUCAGCUGCGGGGCGUUUUUAAAGGAUCAGAAUGCAUAUCUUGUGUGUGUUCAUAGUGCUUCUUUUUAAAAAGCUGCAUUCCUUGGAACCAAAUGACUCAGAAUUUCAGCUUACCAACAAAGACACUGGUUUUUGCUUAGUUAAAAGCGAUACCAUGUGCAACAAUGUACGCUGGACAACCGGCAACCGAUUGUUGGUGCCCAAGAUGAAUAAAUGCCUGGGAGUUCAAGGAAAAAGUGUCGGGGAUGAAGUAAGCCUGUAUGAUUGUGAUGAAACAAGUGAACUCCAAAGGUGGGAAUGUAAGAAUGAAACUGUUCUCACCCUCCAAGGCCAGGAGCUUUAUAUGGAGCUCAGAGCAGAUAACACAGCGGUGCUUUCGAAAAUAACUGGACCCAACACCCAGCUCACAAUUUCAGGGACACUCAGUGGAGCUUGUACAAGAACAUACAGAGAACUUUAUACAAUUGAAGGAAAUGGAGCAGGAAGGCCCUGCAUGUUCCCCUUCAUGUACAAAAACCAAUGGCACUCAAGCUGCACUUUGGCCGACUCUGUAAAUGGCCGUUUUUGGUGUGCGGUUGAAACAAAAUAUGAAAAUGGGACAUGGGGCUACUGCCCAACCAACACUAAAACUACCUGGACCAAGCACCCAAUAAACGGAGCAGUAUACCAGUUAAACACAGAGUCUGCUCUGACGUGGUUGCAGGCUAAAACCAGCUGCAAGCAGCAGAGCUCUUCCCUGCUCAGCAUCACUGAUCCUCAUGAGCAAGCUUAUAUCACAGCACUACUGGAGGCAGGAGGUAGCAGACAAGGGUACAAGCUUUGGACUGGGCUAACCUUGAAUACAGAACAUGGCUGGGAGUGGUCUAAUGGGAACCCAUUUCGUUAUUUUAAUUGGGACUCAGGGCACCCAUUUACUGAUCCUGGCCAUAGUUGUGGAAUAAUUGAUGGUACAUUGAGGUUUUCAUGGCAAAGCUCAAAAUGUAACUACAAACUAGGCUACAUCUGCUACAGUAAAGGUGUUCUGGCUUCUCCAACUGAAGGUCUUGACAUAGGCUUUUGCUCAGCGCCAUGGAUUCCUUACAACGGUCACUGCUUCCGUCUUAUUCGUACUGUGAAAACCUGGUCUGAUGCUCAGUUAGAUUGCCAUCAGGAGGGAGGGGACCUUGCAAGCAUCCGCAAUGUGGAAGACCAAAGCUUUGUCAUCUCUAAGCUCGGAUACGCAUCCACAGAUGAGCUUUGGAUCGGACUUAAUGACAGGCAGAAAGAAGGCCUGUUUGAUUGGAGUGACCACACCACAGUCAGGUUUACCAGCUGGGAAUUUGGAAGACCAGCUUUUGCAACUGACCAAGAAGAUUGUGUUCUCAUAAGAGGAGAAAGCGGGAACUGGGUUGACCGUAAUUGUAAGGAGAAACAUGGUUUCAUUUGUAUGAAAAGAAGCACCUCUGAACCCUCUGGAGAUGAAAUAAAGCAGAAUCCAGGAUGCAAACCCGGUUGGAAACGAUAUAGCUCCUACUGCUACUAUAUCGGGAGUGAGACAAAGACAUUUGAUGAAGCAAAAGAUGAUUGCAAAAGAAGCGAUUCGUACUUGGCUGAUGUUUCAAGCAGGCUGGAUAAUGCUUUCCUUGUCAGCUUGGUGGGCCUGAGACCAGAGAAACAUUUCUGGUUAGGGCUGUCAAACCAGAAGAACCGAGAAGUUUUUGAGUGGACCAGCACUGCCCAUGUGAAAUAUACCCACUGGAAUAGUGAAAUGCCAGGCCACCACCAGGGUUGUGUGUCAAUGGCAACUGGUAGUUCUGCGGGCCUCUGGGAUGUGUUGCCUUGUAUCAAUAAAGAGAAGUACAUCUGUAAACAUCUGGCAGAGGGGGCAGUUUUGACUCCUGCACCACCAACUGUUCCCUCUGUCCAGUGUGCAGCUGGAUGGACCAAAGUCAUGUCAAAACAUUUCUGCUAUAAGGUAUAUUCAGGGCAUUCAAACAAGAGGACAUGGUUUGAGGCCAGAGAUUACUGCACAGCUGUUGGAGGAGACCUUCUAAGCAUCCAUAGUGCUGCUGAGCUGCCUCUGAUGCCAACAAUCUAUGAAAUUGCUUGGAUUGGACUUAGUGCCCCUGACUCAAGCGCCGGUCAUAUGUGGAGUGAUGGAUCGCCAGUAAACUUUCAACACUGGAAAGAUGGGGAGCCAAAUAAUAAAAACAAUGCUGAAUCUUGUGUUGAAAUGUAUUCAACAAAGUGGGACAGGGCAGGGUCUUGGUAUGAUCAACAAUGUGAAAAGUACAAUUCCUGGGUUUGUCAAAUCCCUACAGGAGUCACACCAAUGCCACCUCCACCCCCUGUUACUCCAGACUACAACCGCACCUCUGAUGGAUGGUUGGAAUGGAAAGGGAAUCAGUAUUAUAUAAACAUUAUGUUAGAGGCCAUGGAAGAUGCUCGGCGUUUCUGCAAAGAGAGACAUAGUGACCUGGUAACCUUCAGCAGUCAAGAUGAAAAUGUCUUUUUGUGGAAACAGAUAUACUCAGGAGAUAUUAAUUUCUGGAUCGGUUUGACUGUGGAUCUUGACAGAAGUGUUCAAUGGAUAGAUGGUUCUCCAAUGACAUUCCAGUGGUGGGAAGAUCAUCAGCCUGAUUUCAGAAAUUUUGAUGAGAACUGUGUUGUCAUGGUGCCUCAUAAUGGCUUUUGGCAUGAUUAUAACUGCGGAUUUGAAUUUAAGUCUAUUUGUAAACGCAGUAGCUUACCACCUGCCAAUGCCACUGUGGCUCCUACUUUGCCACCAAAAGGUGGCUGUGAAGAUACCUGGAAAAAGAUGAACUUUAAGUGUUACAAGAUUGUAAACAACCAGAAUUUAACAUGGGAUGCAGCAAGGCAACAAUGCAGAGACUUGGGUGGAAACUUGGCUUCUAUUUCGUCAAGACAUACGCAAGUGUUUUUAAUGUCUCAAAUGGCUAACAAACCCACCACAGACCUGUGGAUUGGUUUUCAUAGUGCUUAUAAGAAUGGGUUUUACUGGACUGAUGGACAACCAAGGUCAUAUGUCAAUCUCAAUUUGCAACAACAAACUCCCCGUCCACACAGUUUCGCUUUCAAUGACAACAGAUUUCAGAUGCGAUUCCGGCAUAAACUUGCGGUACAAUGUGCUGUAAUCAACACUAAGCCUUCGCUCGGUAUUGGAAAAUGGAUACCAAGGUCGUGCAAUGACACCAAUGGAUUUAUAUGUCAAAAAGCUGUUGACCCAAAUAUCCAUGAUUCUCCUGAGCCAGAAUCUCCUACCAACUACAUCAAAAUACUUAAUGAUUCCAUUAAGUUUGUUGCUCAGCAAAUGACCUGGGAUGCAGCUAAGAAGAACUGUGAAGCUGAUGCUGCCAACCUGGCCAGCAUUCGUACUCAAUGGAUACAGGCGUACAUCGAGCUGCUGGCUCUAAAUCUCAACCGUCCUCUAUGGAUUGGACUCAACAAAGCUCAGACCAAUAACUAUUUUAGAUAUAUUGAAGGCUGGCCUCUUAACUUUACAUUCUGGGGCGAAAAUGAACCACGUAGAGAUGGAACCUGUGUCUAUGUAAAUGUGUAUGGAAAAUGGAAGACUGCUAACUGCAGUCAGAACAUCAGCAGUGUGUGCACGAGGUCUACAGAUACACCACCAAAAGCAGACACAAAAGAUUAUCCAGGAGAUUGUCCAGAAGACACAGAUCCAAUUAGACCAUUGCGGCAUUAUUCCUGGAAACCUUUCAGAGGUUUUUGUUAUAUAUUUUUCUCUGAGAUGAAGGAGUGGUCAGAUGCAAUUACCAGCUGUGUGGCACAUGGUGGAAGGCUUGCCAGCAUUUCAGAUCCGUUUGAGCAGGAAUUCAUACAGGGUAACAUAGGAACAUUUCAAGACAGCCACACAUCUUACUGGUUGGGCCUGUUUAAAACUCAUAAAGGGCAGUGGAUGUGGUUGGAUCAAAAGGUCAUGGAUUACUCUAACUGGAAUCUAGGUCAACCUAAUUAUCACACCUAUGGAAUGAUAAGUGCAUUGGAUGGGAAAUGGCACACAGGGUCUCAAAGAAGUGACAGACCAUAUAUCUGCAAAACAGCUAAAGUGUUACUACCAAAGCCAUCACCAUCACCUUAUGUUGCAUUAGUUUCUCACAAUCGCAGUCACAUUGCUUUAGCAGUUUUGCUCGUUGCUGGGAUUGCAGUGGGGGCAGGCAUUGCAUUUGCUCUCUUCAAGAAGUCUGGUCAUCACUUACCAAUUCCUGGCAGGUUAGCCGUCUUUGACAACCCACUCUUCAGCAACAAAAGGUCGGAUCUGCUGGACAGUAAAAAUCUGGUGGAGAAUGCAGAUUAAGAGAGCACUUGAACUUGUGAUAACUACAUAACUUAAAACAACAUUUUUUCAAUUGAUGUAUAAAAUAUUCUGAAAGGUUGGACAAAAUGACGGAAGAUAUGUGUAAAAUGACAAAACAGUAUGGUAGAACAAGUUUUUCCCUUUUUCUGCAAUAGCGCAAAAGGAGUUUCAUUCUCUUGUUGAGGCAAAGAAAGCAUGCCUUCCAGUUCGCUGGUCUCCCAGUGUACAACUUUUGCUUUGGAUUCCUGGCAUAGUCUGAAAACACACAUGUUAAUAUGGCAAACUAUUUAUGUAAUCAUUUAAUAUUCUUGAUAUCAGCAGGCAUUUUUGUCUAUUAGUUUGCAUCUACUCUGCAGUAGUUAAGCAUUGGUUGCACUAGUUCAUAAUUAACUUUUUUAUCAGUUAGUGUUUUUGUCCAAGGAAUCGUAGCAGCGGUAGUCAGUGUGGCAAUGGUAGUUCAACAGUCCCAAACAGUAGAUUUCAACUCAGGAGUUAUCAACUACAUCAAACUAACUGAUGGCUUUAUCAUACUAGGUAUAAAAACACUAACAUGUUGAAUAGUCCAUACACAUUUCCCUGCUAGUUUACUUGUAAUUAUUACAUGUGCACACUAGCUGACUAGUGUGACUUAAAAGUUAAACUAGUAGUAAGGACUGAAAUUCACUCUAGUUAAAGACUAUUUGGUCUUUCCGGUGAAUUGCUGCAAAGAAAUGUACCUAACAUAUGUUCAACUAUAUCAUAGUAUUUGUUUGGUUUUAAAAAACAAACUAAUGUUAAUUAUUUAAAAUAACCUCUGGCCACUAUUACACUUGUGACCUUUAAAUUUGCACACUAGUCCAACCAAAAUAUUCAACUAUUUGACUUGUUUAAGCCUUAAUGACAAAACAAGUUAAGUACGCUAAAAGUGUCAGCUGGGUAAUUAUUGCACCAAAAGAUACAUAUGAAUCAACUGGUUAAAGCCUUUUGACCCUAAGUAAUAAACUAGUGCAACCAAAAAAUCUAAGCUAGGUAAGUAGUUUGUUUAAAAUGUUUACUAGUAAACUAGUACAGCUGCUUAUUAGUUCACUCUUAAUUGGUUGUUCUAUAUCUUCUCUUAUAUCUUAACUCUGCAACUACAGUCAACUGCUAUUUAGCCUUAAAUUAUUCAUACCCCAGGUAGGCUUAAAAUAACCAUUUCAUUUUACCAUCAUGUUGCCUGGUGGCGCCGUUGAUAGCACUGUUGCCUCACAGCAAGAAAGUCCUGGGUUCAAAUCCUGACCUGGGGUCUUACUAGAUGGAAUAUGCAUAUACUUCCCAUGCAUGUGUGGGUUCUCUCUGGGUAAUCUGGCUUCCUGCUACAGAAUAUUGUAUGAGUGUGUGUGUUCAUGGUUGUGUCCUGUGGUGGACUGGUGAGCUUUCCAGGAUGUACCCUGCCUUUUGCCCAAUGUCCUUGGGACACAGGGAACAGCCCCUUGUGACUGUGCAAGGAAAAGCAGGAAGAUGGAUUGAGAUGAUUAUGUAAUUUCCAAUCAAAAAAACGAAUUUGGUUAUGGGAAUGAAAAUUAUUUGAAACAGCCAGGAGUGUUUAUAAUUUUGGACUUAUUUGGAAAGCAGUGUACCUAAAAUGUGCUCCUGUUAACCAAAACAAAUGCUUGUGUUAUAAUCUUACACGUGGCAUAAACUAUUGAACAGAAGUAGAUUUUUAUGAUCUUGCUGUUUCGUCUUUGUUGUCUUUGAAUACUAUAAUAAACAAACAAAUCUACAAUAAAUGUAUACAAUUUGUUCUACAAAGUAAAAUUUCACGCAAGUACUGUCAUCAUUAAAUGAAAUGUUACACAGCAUAAAUAUUUUAAUGAUUUUCAACAAUAUAAUCCAUUCUUGUCAAAAGUAACUUCUGAAUGCAGUACAAAUUUAUGUAACCAAAAUAAAUCUUGAAAGGAAAAA